AGCGUCGGCGUCGGGGAGCGCUGCUCUCAGACUGCGCCAUGGCAGGGGUUAGAGCUUGUCUGACGCUGCUGGCCGUGGCCUUGGUGUGCGCUGCCACCGUGCAGGGCAGCGAGUACCGCCCGCACAUGGUGGGGGCCCCCGAGACCAUCAGGGACGGCGACAACGAUGAGGGCCUGCAGCAGGCCCUGCGCUUCGCCAUGGAGGAGUACAACAAGGCCAGCAACGACAUGUACUCCAGCAGGGUGGUGCGGAUCAUCAGCGCCAAGAGGCAGGUUGUGGCUGGAAUCAAGUACAUCAUGGAAGUGGAGAUUGCCAGGACAACCUGUGAAAAGCCAGCAGCUGAUCUGCAGGACUGCGCUUUCCCUGACUCACCCCAGCUGGCCAAGCACACUGUCUGCAAGUUUGUAGUGUACACUGUUCCUUGGCUGAAGAAAACUGAACUGCUGAAGAGGGAGUGCCAGUAAGCCUGCCUUGGCUCCAGCAAAGACCAGCAAGCAGCUGCUCAGAUUUGAAAGGGAUUAAAGAAAAAAGAAUAAAAGAAGGAAA